AUAAAUUACUUGUAUGUGCAAUUUAACGAUUCAGAUCUGAUUCUGAAAGCUGUGAUUUCCGACGUGCUCCCUGUGUCAUGAACCUUGACCCCAUCCCCUGUCAUCAGGGCGGUUUCCCGUCAUGCAGCGCGGCUGGGUUCUCCCUCCGUAACCAGAGAGCGAGAGAGCCGUAAUGGCGGCCGGUUAGAGACACACACAAACACUCUCACCGCGGCGGAGACACGGGCUUCUCUACGGGGGGAGACGGGGCUCCUUCAGCGGACUUUCCAUCUACUUUUCUUAAAAAAAAGAAACAAACAUGGAAGAGCUCCCCGGAGGAGGAGACCGGGACCAGAGGCAGUCUCCCCCGCAGCAGCAGCUGCAGCAAGGGGGCAACAGCAACGCUAACCCGCCGAUGGGAGGCGGCGGCGGGGGGGUGAUGGUGCCGCACCAGCCCGACGAGCUGCCCCGCCAGCAGCAGCAGCAGUACACCAUCCCCGGCAUCCUGCACUACAUCCAGCACGAGUGGGCCCGCUUCGAGAUGGAGAGGGCGCACUGGGAGGUGGAGCGGGCCGAGCUGCAGGCCAGGAUAGCGUUCCUGCAGGGCGAGAGGAAAGGUCAGGAGAACCUGAAGAACGACCUGGUCCGGAGAAUCAAGAUGUUAGAGUACGCUUUGAAACAGGAGAGAGCUAAAUACCACAAGUUAAAAUACGGCACGGAGCUGAACCAAGGAGAGGUGAAGAUGCCCAGCUUUGAAGCAGACACCAAAGACUCAGAGGUCUCUGUUCCCGCCAACAGUCAGCUGACCUGGAAACAAGGGAGACAACUCCUAAGACAGUACCUCCAGGAAGUGGGUUACACGGACACCAUCCUGGACGUGCGCACCCAGAGGGUCCGCUCCCUGCUGGGCCUGUCGGGUUCUGAGCAGAACGGUUCUGUGGAGAACAAGAACCUGCAGCAGCUGAUCAACGGGACGGAGCGGCGCCAAGACGGCAAGAGGAGUCCAGGAGACGUUCUGGAGACGUUCAACUUCCUGGAGAACGCAGAGGACAGUGACGAAGACGAGGAUGAAGAGGGAGACCUGAUGGAGGACAUCAACACACACACACAGAGGAGGGUCAAGAAGACCAAGACCAAGGUGGGUAACGAGGGCCUGGCUUCUGAGGACGACGCAGACACGGAGGAGGCCCUGAAAGAGUUUGACUUCCUGGUGACGGAGGACGGUGAAGGAGCCGGAGAGGCCCGCAGCUCUGGGGAUGGGACAGAGUGGGAGCCCCUCCCCUUUCCUCCUGGGGGGGGCAAGUCCUUCCUGUUGGAGGGCUCUGAUGACGUGAUGGAGAGCGUGCUGGGGCUGGGCGACCUCGCCGACCUCACGGUCACUAACGACGAGACGGACUACGGCUACGACCUGCCGUCCAAUAAGGAGUCGUCGUUCAGGAAGACGUGGAACCCCAAGUACACGCUGAGGAGCCACUUCGACGGCGUGCGGGCGCUCGCCUUCCACCCCUUGGAGCCGUGUCUGGUCACUGUGUCAGAGGACCAGACCCUCAAGCUCUGGAACCUCACCAAGACCGUCCCCGCUAGGAAAAGUGCCUCUUUUGAUGUGGAGCCCGUCUACACGUUCAGAGCCCAUGUGGGCCCCGUGUUGUCCUUGGCGAUGACCUCUAGUGGUGAGCAGUGCUUCAGUGGCGGCAUCGACUCCACGAUCCAGUGGUGGAACCUCCCCAGCUCCAACGUGGACCCCUAUGACUCCUACGACGCCAGCGUCCUGGUGGGCUCGUGGCGGGGCCACUCGGACGCCGUGUGGGGAUUGGCUUACAGCGGCAUCAAGAACCGCCUCCUGUCCUGCUCGGCCGACGGGACGGUGAAGCUGUGGAACCCGGCGGAGCAGAACCCCUGCAUCAGCACCUUCAAUGCCCACAGUGAGCACGGCGUGCCCACGGCGGUGGACUUCAACGGGUGCGACCCGGCCCACAUGGUGGCGUCGUUCAACACCGGAGACGUGGUGGUGUACGACCUGGAGACUUCCCAGAAUGCACUGGUGCUGAAGGGGCAGGGAGACGGCACCCUCCCAGGAUCCAAUCACAUCAACAAGGUGGUGAGUCACCCCACGCUGCCCGUCACCAUCACCGCCCACGAAGACAGACAGAUCAAGUUCUACGACAACAAGUCAGGUAAGGUGAUCCAUGCCAUGGUGGCUCACCUGGAUGCAGUGACGAGUCUCGCUGUGGAUCCUAACGGGAUCUACCUGAUGUCUGGAAGUCACGACUGCUCCCUGCGCUUGUGGAACCUGGACAGUAAGACGUGUGUUCAGGAGAUCACGGCUCACCGCAAGAAGAGCGAGGAGGCGAUAUACGACGUGGCCUUCCACCCCUCCAAGGCCUACAUCGCCUCCGCCGGGGCCGACGCCCUCGCUAGGGUCUACGUGUAGAGGAGGAGGAGCAGCAGCAGGAACAGUAGAGAAACAGACUAGUUCACACUAACAGUAUUCAGGUCUCUGAACACGGAUGAUAUAUGGACACACACACACACACUCUCUCUGGCUCUCCUUCAUUGAUGGGGAGCAGCUGUGUCGCCUCCUCCAGCUGACUGAAGACACUGAGAGACGUUGUUUAAACUUUGCAGCCCCUCCCCCCCAGGAAAUACAACCAAUCAGCUCUUUGCUUUUCACGACGACGAAGUCCAGAUGUUUGAGGGGACGUUGGACGACCUUAGAGGAGACAAUGGACAACCUUAAAGGGACGUUGGACGACCUCGGAGGGGACGUCUCUGUCGGUUUGUUGACGCUUUUUGUCAGAUAACAGAAAUCAAAGCGAUCUAAUACUCAUAAUUACGGUCUCAACGGCAGAACCUGAACGCACCAUGACCUCCCAGGGAGGCGUCUUCCCUUCAGGGGAGGCGUCAUCCUCAGUCCUCCAGACGUCCUCGUGGUGCUAGCUCGUCCGUUUGUUGUUGUUUGUUUGUUGUUUUUAGUUUCAGUUUGAGGGUUUUUGUGUUUUUGAGAAGCUUGUUUGUCACUAACGAUUACGUCCGUCUGAUUGGACGUCUGUCCUCACCAGUACAGAGGAUUGGUUCACACCACGCCCCUUCCCCCCCUACUCCUCCUCAGCCCCUGGCGGGCCAAUCAGAGCCCUGCGUUUAAACCAUGGACCGAGUGGGCGUGUCCGUAGUUGCGUGUGGACGUUUUCUGUUGGUGUAAAAAUAAAUCUAGUUUUUAUAAUCGUUUUUAUAAACGUGGUCGCCCUCCGGCUCCGUCCAGAGAUCUAGAACCUUUCGAGCUUCUGAUAAUGACCCGGGAAGUAUUUGACUUUUCAUACUGGUACCUGAACGCACCACCGUCUCCGUGUAGACGUGAGAAUGCUGCUGUAGUCUCAUCUUCCUCCUCACAUCACCGAGUGACUUUUCUCUUCACAUCUUCAUCAACAAGCAGCAGUGAGUUUAUUUAUGUCAUUUUAUUUUAUAUUUGUUUUGGUCUCUUAUCCUUAAAAAGAAGAAAAAUAACCAGUUUGAGCUCCAGGGGAAGCGGUCCAAUCACACGCCUCCUGGGGAGGGUCUUGAAAAAAAAAGCUGCCAGCUGAUUGGCUCAGAGUGUAGCUUCCUGGUUGUAGUUUGUUUUAAUUGGAUCUCAGAUCUUUAUUCCCACGUGCACCUCGAGGCUCUUCUUGUUUGUAAUGCAUGAUUAAUACAAUAAAAGUAUUUUUUCUAGUCUUCCAGAAAAAUGGAGAGAAAACAAGUUCUGAUGAGUUUUGUAAUUUUCUGUCUUUCUUUUGAUUUACAAACGAUGAAAUGUCAGAUUUUUAAGCUUGACCACAUAGCAGAGAACAGGUGUUUAAAUGUAUAUAAAAUGUCUAUAAUAACUAUUAAAUGGUGUCCUGUACAGAG